UCGCUUAUAAAAAAAUCUGAUGGAAUUACUACUAUAUUGGAUCAAACAACACCUUUGUUAGAUAUAUAUUUUAUACAAUUGCAUAUUAUACGCAAUAAACCUUAUUAAAAAUACAUAUUCAAAGAACUGUGUCUCUUUAGGAAAUUUAAUAACAUUCUUGUGAUUUGUCCUCAGCCCUGAUCGAGCAUGCUUAUGAUCAAAAACACAUUCCACUAGUGACUAUCCUGUCUUUUUCAUCUAUGUAGAGAAGCCAGCACGACGUUAGUUAGUGUCCUUCCUUAUUUUAUGACGGCCAACAAUGAAGAUAUUAGGAUUUGAAUUUGCUCCAGUUUUCAUACCUCUUGAAAGGCGUAUACAGACAGCUUGUGUCUUUCAGUGGGCACUAUGUUUCUUAUGUAUGGGCUUUGGAAGUCUUGCUGUCUUCAUCUACCUCUUAUUUACUGAAUACUAUUUCAUACCUCUGGCUUAUUUAAUGUGGUACAUCUAUGACUUCAACACAUGUGAGCAAGGAGGCCGUCGUCUUCUGUGGCAAUUUAACAAUCCUGUUUGGAAAUACUUUGCUGAUUACUUUCCUAUAAAGCUCAUCAAGACAGCAGAGCUAGAUCCAUCAAAGAACUAUAUAGUUGGUUACCAUCCUCAUGGAAUUAUGAGUGCUGGUGCCUUUGCAAACUUUGCAACAAAUGCAACAGGCUUCAACCAAAUGUUCCCAAAAAUGCAUCAAUAUUUGUGUAUAUUAACAGGACAAUUUCGCUUUCCAUUCUUCAGAGAAUAUCUAAUGAGUUCUGGUUGUUGUGCAGUGUCAAAGAACAGUCUGAACUGGCUUCUAAAUCAAAAGGAAAAAGGUAAAUUUAUUACUAUUGUUGUCGGAGGAGCAGUAGAAGCCAUUGAAGCAAACCCAGGAAAAUUCAAACUAAAAAUCAAAAAGCGGAAAGGAUUUAUCAAACUAGCUCUCCAGCAUGGAACCCCUCUGAUCCCAGUAUACUCUUUUGGAGAGAAUGAUCUUUUUCUGCAGCUGAGUUCUGAAAAACGACAGUGGCUGAAGUGGUUCCAAAUGAAAUUCACAAAAUUUAUUGGUUUUUCACCAGUAAUCUUCCAUGGAAGGGGUAUUUUUAACUACACAUUUGGAAUUGUGCCAUUUCGGAAACCCAUCAAUACUGUUGUUGGAAAACCAAUUGAAGUUCCAUUGAUAGAAAAUCCAAGUAAAGAGCAGGUUGAAGAAGUCCACAAGAUUUAUCUGAACAGUCUGUAUGAACUUUUUGAAGAAUAUAAGGGCAAAUAUGGCAUUGACGAGAUGAAUCACUUGAUCUUUGAAUAACCUUUUUACAUCUUCAAAAUCAGAAUUCUUUAUAUAUUUUUCUAUUUUUUUCUUUGUUACAAUUUCUUGGGUCAGUUAUUUUCUUCCAUUGUCUGUAUAAAUUUAUUUAGCUCUUUGCUGAUUCUUCAGUUUAGAAUUUCAUCAUUUUGGUCUUCAUCAGUACAAUGGAAAUAAAUAAUUUAACCAGUUCAUAGUUUUAGCAAGAUUUUGGAUUUGUAUAUUCUUUCUUUUGUUAAUCACAUUUUUUUCACAUUUUGUUUAUUUGUUCAAGAAGAAUAGAAAAUAAGAAAAGAUGGUGGGGAAUUAGAAAUGGUAGGGACAACCUGCCCUUGACAGCCUUAUAGAGCCCUGGGUAAAGCAAUCCACAAGUACCAGAGUGCAUUGCCACAGAAAAUUGCAGCAUUCAUUGAUUAGCAUUGGAGUCAUGGGCAGUGACUCAGUGUGUCCAUCUCUUAAACUGAAUCUGUUUAGAGGGUAUGCUAAAUGCUUUGCUGUAUUUAAGUUCUGAAUUCAAAUACUGCCAGAGUCAAUGUCACAACCAUUCUGUUCGAUAUUUGAGUAAGACAUUUAACUCCAUGUUUUUAUUUAUCUACCUGUCAGAUAAAAAUACCAGAUUUAUUUUUCAAUGCUGUUUACAAUAGACAGCAUCCUCCCCAUGUUAGAAUCAAAUUAAAGUCUCAUCUGUUUACUGUAUUGAUUCCAAGCUAAGCAUUUACUUUAUAUAUCUCCGUGAUUCUUUUAUAGGAUGUUUCUCUUAUAUCUAAAUUUAUAUAACAGCUUCAUGCAUGCAAUAAUUUUGUUUCCAUGAUAAACAAAUGUUGUGUCUUCAACUGUUUUCAAAUUGUUUUGUUUUUUUUACAAAUUCACACCAGACCAAAGGGUAUGCUAAAAUCAGGACUGACUUGAUUAUGAUUAAUACAA